AGAUUGGAAAACAAUAUCCAACGUUGAGACCGCCGCCUAGGGCGUCUCCUCCGCAAUCCCAGUAAACGAAACAACCCUUCUUCCGCCGGAAUCUGUCGUUCCCGAUUGUCUGGGUGCUGUCGGUGAGAACCUCGAAAGUUGUGGUUUUUCUCCCGCCGAUAAAGCUCUGCUGGCAUUAUCAGAUGGGCUGGGUUUUUGGUAGGAUGGUUUGUAGGAAAAGAUGGGGAGAGUUAAUGCAGAUGGUCUCCACUAUCGAUCUGGGGAAAGACCACACGCUCUGAAGAAUAUUAAAAAGGCUAUAAGCAAAGAAAACCAGGAAAAGGCACUGAAAGGAAAAGCCUGGAAGGGCGUAACAUGCCCUGUCUGUCUUGAGAUCCCUCACCACUCGGUUGUCCUCCUCUGCUCAUCUUACCACAAAGGUUGCCGUCCUUACAUGUGUGCCACUGGAAGCCGGUUCUCAAACUGUCUAGAGCAGUACAAAAAAGCCUAUGCCAAGGAUGAGAAGAGCGGUAAGCCUGCAGAGCUGCUGUGCCCGCUUUGUCGGGGCCAGGUGAAAGGUUGGACUGUGGUGAAAGAUGCGCGGAAGUAUCUGAAUUCGAAGAAAAGGGCAUGCAUGAAAGACAGUUGUUUGUUUUCCGGAAGCUAUAGACAGCUCAAGAAACAUGUUAAGGAGGUUCACCCGAGAGCUAAACCAAGAGCCAUUGAUCCUGUGAUGGAGGAGAAAUGGAAGAAGCUUGAAGUUGAGAGGGAGAGGAGUGAUGUAAUUAGCACACUGAUGUCGUCAACACCCGGAGCUAUGGUUUUUGGAGACUAUGUUAUUGAGCCUUACAAUGAUGAUUAUGAUGAUGAUGACCUUGACUCGGAUGAUUCUCUGGAAGAUGGGUUCUUGGAUCUGGGAUCGCUAGGAGCAUUUGGCAUAAGCCGGCGUUCUGCUACAGCCAUCACGAGUAGGGGACUUCGCAAUCACUGGAUGAGCAACCCCCGACACCGAAGCAGAGGUGGGAACAGAAGGCGGUAAAAUGCAAGAUUGAUGAUUUGAUGUUUGAAAGGUAUGACCAAAAAUAAAAGCUUUGAGCUUUAUGAAGCUUUGAAGGGAAGCUUUGAAGUGGGGAACAUAACAAAGGGUUGGCGUUUAUUGUUAGCAGUUUUGGGUUCCAGGUUUGAAGACUGAGUUGUGUUGUUUGUUCCCUCGACCUUUGAUUUUAAAGAAACGUUUCAUACUUUCA